ACCCUCAGCUCAGGUAGUAGUGUCAUAGUUUAAAUGCUAUAAAGCAGGUAGCAAGCACCGGGGUUGAUUCUUUCCCCUUUCUAAUUUCUAGAUUUGCUAACCAGAAUAAUCGACUGACUACAGCUAAUUGCACAAAUGGUGACCAAUGAUAUGGCGGCCUCAGAAUACCUCAAUCAGCUAUUACAAGAUAAGACCACAAUCACAAAAAUGCCAAAGAUUUUUCUACACUCCGAAAGACUGCUCGAUGAAGAGAUAAACAGAGUGAGACAUGAUUUAUUCAGCCCAUCCAACUUCCUGCUGUCACUUCCUGCACAAAAUGGAGCAAUUGUCAAGCUCACUGAAAAAAUAUAUGCACCAGUGAAAGAGUAUCCAAAGUUCAAUUUUGUUGGACGCAUUAUUGGCCCAAGGGGCCUCACCCUAAGACAAGUGGAAACUGAAACGGGAUGCAAAAUCCUUGUACGUGGCAGAGGAUCAAUGAAAGAUAAGAAGAUGGAAGAAGAAAAGCGAGGACAACCGAAUUAUGAGCAUUUAGAUGAGGAUCUGCAUGUCCUACUUAUGGUUGAGGAUACCGAGGACAGAGCAAGGCUACGGCUAUCAAAGGCUGUUGAAGAAAUGAAAAUACUGAUGACACCACCUGAAGAUGGCGAGGAUGAAAUAAAGAGGAAACAGUUGAAAGACUUGGCUAUACUCAAUGGUACUCUGCGACCCGAGGUACCGACCAGUGUAUCAGUGACAGGACAUUCUAGCUUUCCACCGUCACCUUCUGGUCUAAGGCAAGUUCAAAAUGGCAUAUUAAGCAGCCCGUUACCUCCAAUGAUACCAAGCUACCCGAUUCGGACUGCAGGUACAGAAGUUAAAGUUCGAUCAACUACUUUGCGAUUUCAUCCUUACACCAAAUAAGAUACACAUACUUACACUAACAGAAAGCGCCAUCACAGCGUGCAACGCUGUCUGUCUCAAACAACGAGAUUUUCAUGAAAGAAGUUUCAUACUUCCAGCUGAGUUGCAUUUUAAAUUUUUUUAAUUCACUCUUAUUAUACAUAUAGGCAAAUCCUUUCGUAAAGAUUUUAAUAUAUCUUGAAUUUAUAAAUGUUGGUUUUGAGCCCCCCAUUGUAAAACAUCUUACCCCUGAGUUAGCUCGUUGUUGCCUCGAACUGGCACCUCAUGAUGUGUUCCACUUGCAUCGGGGGGCGGGGGAGGGGGGUUAUUUAUAUUCAGAGACCACGUACAUGGAUGGUCCUUCUCGUUUUUUAAUUACGUUGACAAGAAGGCUACAUGAAAUUUGUUGCCAAUUUAAGAUGAAAAGUUGAAAUGUGAACUUACCGUUCAUUUGAUACUCUUGUUGGGUAAACAUAAAACUUUUUUAGAAGUGAUCACAAAUUUCAUCUUCACAAAUUUCAGUCAUUGGGCAUUUCUCAAGUCGUUUCGGUCAAUAAGGCGUCACUUGUGUGCUCUUAAGACUUCACUCGUAGUAUUACCAAAUAUUCGAUAAUACUACUUUUUUGAGAAAAAUCACGUCCUUAAACACCUUGCGAUUUGCAUUCUUUUUUCGUGUGGCCUUCUUAUACAAUUGAUACAGAAAUAGGUUUUGUUUUGUUCUUCGUUGUUAUUGUUGUACUUCGUGCAGAGGAAUAUAAACUUGUACAAAGUUUCUUAGAGAAAUAUUGAUUUAUGAUUUAUAUACAUGUGAACAUGCAGGGAAGAUUAGAAAUUAUGUAUAGUCAAUAAUAUAUACUUAAAUUGGCCCUUCUAUCGCUUGUAGACACUGAAAAAAUGUUAUUAGUUUCCUACUCCAUAAUGUUGCAACGUGGACGUUUUACAGUACAUUGAAUUGAUUGCACCUUGCUUCCUAUGACCCGAUGUGCCCCGUCAUGGGCGUAAGAACCAGAGGGGGUGGCCUCUACUUUAAGAAAAAAUGCCAAGACGUACGGGAGAGCACAUUUACUCUGUUAAAGUCAUGAUAUGGUCGUCUUUAAUUCGUAAUUUUAUCUAUGGGUUUUUAGCUGAAGUCAGUUGAAGGGGCUAAUGAUUGUGGACUGGUGACGUCAUGUUUGCAUCUUCAUGAUUGAGUGCAUCAUUUUCUGAAAAUGGGUUUGGUCAUGUUGGCCUAUCAUAAUCAUGCCCCCUUUUUUCAAGUGCUUUUUACAUCCAUAUCCGUUGCCAUAAUUGUCAAUUUCAAAGUCUAUUUUUGCAGUGCAAAUUAGGAAGCGACAAAUUCCUAGGAAGUGACAAAUCUAGAAAAUUAAUUCCCAAUUCACCGCAGUGUACCGACCUAGUAGUAAACAUUGCAAAGCAGCUGAAAAAAGUGAGAUUCAAUAAUGCACAUACCGUACCCGCCUGAGUAGAACAAUCGAAUUCUUGCAGCCAAAAAAGCGAAUCCAAAGUAGUCUGGGGUCGACUAUUACCCGGAACAAAGAUAUUUGCACAUAAUCGAUAACUGGUAAGCCAUGUCUGUUGAUGACACUGAACUUACUUUUUGGUAAGUUUGUCAUUUUAUCAUGUUUGCAAGAGUUUCAGCCUUAAAACGAGAUUAUAUUCCGUUUAAUCACUUUCGCUUUUCUUUGCUUGAAUUGAAAACAAGUAUCGAUUUACAUUCGGUACUCAGGCGGAUACCGUAAAUAUUUACUGAAAUCGAGAUUCUGCUGUAGUUGCUUUGUGUGUAUGUUGUGAGUGUAAAUUAAAUGCUUACAAGAGAGACAGACAGGUGAUCAGAGCUCAGAGAGAAUCAGCCAUAUACCUCGUUUGACGUGUGUCUCAUUGAGCUGGUGACUAUAAAUAUUUCUACGACAAUUUAUUAAAUUAAGAAUACUUUUGAUUUGAUGAUGUUUCAAUUGUGUGAUAUAAGAGAUUUUUAAAUUCAAAUUAAUUAAGAUAUUGAUUAUUAAAUGAAAAAAGCUUCUUAUCAGAGAAUUAUAGUACAAAUGUAAAGAGA